AUGCACGACCACGACUGGCGACAGUCAGCCAUGUCUUCGUCCCCAGUGUCGGAGCAUACAUUGUCGACACCAUCUCUCCCUCACUACGCCCUCCCUCGCAUUCAGAGUCCCAGUUCACCCGUAUCCAAGGACGACUAUAGGCUUUCAUGGGAUCCCCCAGUCGAUUCCAAAAUCUCAUUGCCUUCUUUCCGAUCUCUCUUUGCAGCCCCAAGUGACGAUGAAGAACACCAUUCGACCGAAUAUUACGCUUCUUCUGAGCCAGAAGUAAUGCAGGACGAGGACGAGUUUCUCACCGACAGCGAUGAUGAGCCACAGCACUCCUACUUCUACAACUCGCACAUUCGUUUUAACAUAUCAGCCGAACGUGGUCGGUGGAAAAGUGACCCAUUACCCCGUCAUGCAGUUUUACGGCUUGCUGCUCGAACGACAUCUCCAACACCAUCUCCUGCCCCUUCUGCUGUCCCAGUACAGCGAAAUAUCUCAGAGCCUGCCCCGACAGUAGCCUCUCAGCGCGAAGCUUCAUCUGAACCACAACUCCCACCUUCCUCGUCGCCCAUCCUUUCUCACAGUUCACCUAUCCUGUCGCCCAUUUCCCUAUCCGUUUCUCCCAUGGUCGGAUCUGUCUCUCCGCUCUCUGUUCCAGGGCCACUCUCGCCACUGUCGCUGCCACCGUCCUCUAUAGCGGGUGACCACGACAUGGAUUUGUUAACUGAUGAUGAGAUGGUCCAACAACCAACUGAAGAUACGGAUAUUGGGCUCGGGCUACUUGCUGCCACAUCGGCUGAGAGUCAAGAAAGCCCAGUUGAUGUCAUUGUGGCCGAAACUUCUCCCUCCAUUCCAGCGAAAGAACCCGAGUCGUUAGUCCAGUCAGCAAAAGUCGACGAUCAUGUGCUUUCAGACUUGGAUAUCCCGAUGCUGAUUAAGGUCUCUGUAACAUCUCACGAAGAAUCGCGCGAUGAGUCGACCGAGUCUGAACCUUCAAGGGAUGGCAAGGCGAAGAAUGAAACUGCAGACAAGGGAAAGAAACGGGUUGCUCAAUCGGCAUCCAAAGUUGAUACGCGCAAGGCCAAAAAGGCACGCACUGUCGAUUCUACAAUCGCAUCGCGGGCAGGCGGGUCGUCCAAUACUCGCUCAAGAGACACAAAAUCAAGACGAAGAGAGUCACGAGAUUCGAAACCAAAAUCCUCGCGGUCAGAACAGAGAAACAAAAGCAAGAAAUCUCGUGCAUCGCCUCAGCCUGAAAUUGAUCCUGAACUAUGUGGAAUGCUUAUCGAGUGUUUAGCAACUUCACGUGCAUCUUCAUUGCCAACAUCAGCGCUGUUCAAAAGUAUCAUGCAGAGUUAUCCCUCUGUAAAAAGUCGGGGCACGGAAGAGGAAUGUCUGGAACUCAUGGAGCGUAUUCUCGAAUCAGGCACUGUAGCCGCUGGAGGCAGCGGAGUCUUUGGGAAGGUGGAACGUGAGACAUCAGAUGAUGAUUCUGAAAGAGUCUCCGAAGAACAGUGGUUUUACCAAUCCGAACGCGACCCAGAUCAGGACCGUGCCCAACUUUUCGUUAGCAUCAGGCCUGCGAAGCGAGCAGAAACCAAAAAAUUCAAGAAUUACUUUUACAAGCCUCUCGAAAGAAUCAGUCGUUGGGACCCGGAGGAUGCGUUAUAG